AUGGGGCUUCGACUUAAUCUCUUGGCCGUCGGCGUUUUCCUACUCUCACAUCUUCGCUCCAUUCAAGCCAAGAGCCCGACAUUUGAGGUAGUCGGGGCUAUGCACUGCAACGAUUGCAUAAACAAUCGCAACUCAUCUCAAGUUGCAGGGCUUGAAGUUGUGAUCAGGUGCAACGCGAAUGAGAUGAGGGCGCGGGGAAACGGAGGCGUUGAUGAGAGUGGGAAGUUCAACGUGACGCUCUCUGCUGAGACCGCGGAGGACUCUGGCGACACGGACGGCUGCUACGCGAAGCUGCAGAGUAGAUCCGGUGCGCCCUGCCACAUACAAGCAGCGCAAACUGCCUCAGUGAAAAUUAUCAGUAAUUCCACAAUAAAUAUUACUAGGCACACCGCUGUAAUAAAAUUUUCACCUAUCACUUGCCAAUCUGCCUUCUUUUGGCUUUUCCCCAACCUCACAAUCUUCGGCUCACGGCCGCAGCCGAAGCACACCCCUCCGCAGGCUGCUUCUCCCGUGCAACCACCAUCUCCGUCGCCUCAGCCGUCAUAUGAUACACCGGCUCCGUCCCUUCCACCUACUGUAGUUGACGCUCCAUCACCGCCGCCGCAAAAUGGCCCAAGUCAGUCCCCUGUUCAAACGCCAAGCCCAACUCAACCACCCACUGUGAUUGCACCAACUCCGGCGUCAUCGGUUCAGCCAGUGCCGGCUGCUGGAAUAUCGGCCCCGCCGUUUCGGGGAAGGCCAAAUCCAAUUCCGAAAGCGCCGCCGAUUCCGGAGCUGCCGGUGACGCCGAGUGUGCCGAGAAAGUAUUUCAAUCCGCCAAAAUCAAGAUCCAAGCCUCCACGUUCUGUUUAAACAUGCAUGCCACAUUAUAUCAUGUUGUGUGGACAGUAUUUAAUUGCUGAUAGCUGUAUUAAUUAAUAAUGUAUUACUAUUGUUGAGUGUGGACUGUUUUAUUUUCAUAUCGAGAUCAAUAAAUUCAUUAGCGUGGAAUGGCGGAUUAAUGAUA